AUGGAUUCCGACCAUCAACCGCUGGAGGCGCAACACCAUUCGGAGCAAUCGACUCACCAAACCACGAGCUCCCACAUGUCUGAGCCCAAUGGUCAAACUACUGAGCAAUCCAGUUCUAGCAAUAUGGUGGAAUCCAGCAAUGGAUUCAAUCAUGAAGAAGCCAAUCAACACGAGGUCGCCGAGCCCAUUAUCUCGAGCGCAUCGUCUUCUGUAUCUUCUCAUGCAACCGCCGAUGGUGGUUGGGGAGAACAAAAGGUCGGCGAGUCUGUCUCCCGGCGAGGCGCAAUGGAAGAUCUGGAGGAGAUGCGCCGCGAAUUGACCCGUCUCAGUCUGCAGCGCACCCGCUCAGCGACCUCCAAGAGUGCGCACCGCCUCAAAUCUCGUGCCAGCCGCCAUGAUGAAGAAAAGGCCCUUGAAGAGGAAACCGAGUCGGAGGACCAUGGCUUUGAUUUGAAUGAAUUCCUUAUCGGCGGACACCUGGAGCGCCGCACUACUGCUGGCGAACCCGCCAAGAGGGUCGGUGUUGUCUUCAAAAACCUCACUGUCAUGGGUGUGCAGACUGGCGCAUCUUUCGUGCGUACACUACCCCAUGCGGUGGUGGGCACAUUUGGCCCUGAUUUGUACAACGUUAUCUGUCGCUUCGUGCCGCAGCUGCGGGUCGGCAAGAAGCCGCCGGUUCGGGAGCUGAUCAGCGAUUUCAGUGGCUCCGUGCGCGAAGGUGAGAUGAUGCUUGUUCUUGGACGUCCUGGUGCGGGAUGUACCACUUUCCUCAAAGCGAUUGCCAAUGAUCGUCAGGCUUUUGCUGGAGUCAAUGGCGAGGUCAGCUAUGGUGGUCUCUCCGCCGAGGAUCAGAACCGUCAUUUCCGUGGCGAAGUCAACUAUAACCCCGAGGAUGACCAGCAUUUCCCCUCGCUUACGGUCUGGCAGACUUUGAAGUUCUCCCUUACCAACAAGACUCGCAAGCAUGAUCGUGAUAGCAUUCCGGUUAUCAUUGAUGCGCUGCUUAAGAUGUUUGGUAUCAGUCAUACUAAGAACACUCUGGUUGGUAACGAGUAUGUUCGUGGUGUCUCUGGUGGUGAGAGGAAGCGUGUUAGUAUCGCAGAGACCUUGGCUACCAAGUCAACUGUGGUCUGCUGGGAUAACUCUACCCGUGGUCUUGAUGCCAGCACGGCCCUGGACUACGCCAAGUCGCUCCGUAUCAUGACCGAUGUCAGCAAGCGCACCACCCUGGUCACCCUCUACCAGGCGGGAGAAAGCAUCUAUGAGCUCAUGGACAAGGUGCUGGUCAUCGAUGAGGGCCGCAUGCUCUACCAGGGCCCCGCAAACCAAGCGCGCCAGUACUUCUUGGACCUUGGAUUCUACUGCUCCGACCAAGUGACAACUGCCGACUUCCUAACCUCCGUCUGUGAUGUCAAUGCUCGCGAAUUCCAGCCCGGUCGCGAGGCAUCCACUCCCAAGACCGCCGAGGAACUUGAACGGGUGUUUAAGAGCAGCGACACCUACAAGCACAUUCUAAAUAAUGUCAGCGCCUACGAGAAGCAGCUCGAGGAGACCCAGCAAGAGGACACCCGCCGCUUUGAGAACAGUGUUGCCCAGUCCAAGAGUAAGACUGUCUCCAAGAAGUCUCCUUACACUGUGUCUCUUGUCCGCCAGGUCGCUGCCUGUGUUAAGCGCGAGUUCUGGCUUCUGUUGGGUGACAAGACCUCGCUCUACACUAAAUACUUCAUCAUUGUCUCCAACGGUCUUAUCGUUUCAUCUCUGUUCUACGGUGAAGCAAUGGACACCAGCGGUGCCUUUUCCCGCGGUGGUGCUCUCUUCUUCUCCAUCCUGUUUUUGGGUUGGUUGCAACUCACCGAACUCAUGCCCGCUGUCUCUGGCAGAGGUAUCGUCGCCCGUCACAAGGAUUACGCUUUCUACCGUCCUUCUGCUGUCUCGAUCGCCCGUGUGGUGAUGGAUUUCCCUGCUAUUUUCUGCAUGGUAGUUCCAUUCUGUAUCAUCGUCUAUUUCAUGGCCGGUUUGGAUGUGACUGCUUCCCAGUUCUUCAUCUACUUCCUGUUCGUUUACACCACCACUUUCUGUAUCACCUCGAUGUACCGCAUGUUUGCAGCCCUUUCGCCGACCAUCGAUGACGCUGUUCGUUUUGCCGGUAUUGCGCUGAACCUGCUGAUUCUAUUCGUUGGUUACGUGAUUCCAAAGCAAACACUAAUCGGCAGUUCGAUCUGGUUCGGAUGGCUGUUCUAUGUGAACCCGAUCUCCUACAGUUACGAGGCUGUCCUUACUAAUGAGUUCGCUGAUCGGACCAUGGACUGUGCUGCCUCUCAGCUUGUGCCCUCCGGACCUGGUGCCGUUGCAGGGCAUCAGGGGUGUUCCUUGACUGGCUCGUCUGUUAACCAGAUCUCUGUUCCGGGUGCCCAGUACUUGACAGCAAACUUUCAGUUCACCCGUUCCCACCUCUGGCGCAACUUUGGUGUUGUUAUUGCUUUCGCGGUUCUCUACAUUCUGGUCACAAUUUGGGCUGCUGAGUUCCUCUCCUUUGUGGGUGGCGGUGGUGGUGCUCUGGUCUUCAAGAAGUCCAAGCGCUCCAAGCAGAUCGCUGCCCAGACCAACUCCGGGAAUGACGAGGAGAAGGUGGGUAAGUCGAGUGACGAUGCUGCCGUGACCCGCGGUGAAGCCUCUUCGGGCUCCAAUGACGCGAGUUUCAAUCGCUUGUUCUCCAGCGAGCGCUGCUUCACCUGGUCGAAUGUCGAAUACACAGUCCCAUAUGGAAAUGGAACCCGUAGGCUUCUGAACAACGUUAACGGAUACGCCAAGCCUGGUGUCAUGAUUGCUCUGAUGGGUGCCUCUGGUGCUGGAAAGACUACUUUGCUCAACACUCUGGCUCAGCGCCAGAAGAUGGGUAUCGUCAAGGGCGAUAUGCUUGUUGAUGGCCACCCACUUGGCACUGACUUCCAACGUGGUACUGGAUUCUGUGAGCAGAUGGAUCUGCACGACAACACCUCCACCAUUCGCGAAGCCUUCGAGUUCUCAGCUAUUCUUCGUCAAGAUCGACACAUUCCCCGCGAGGAGAAGAUUGACUACGUUAACCGGAUUAUUGACCUUUUGGAAUUGGAAGACAUUCAGGAUGCGAUCAUCGGUUCCCUUAACGUUGAACAGAAGAAGCGUGUCACUAUUGGUGUUGAGCUUGCUGCGAAGCCCAGUCUUCUCCUGUUCCUGGACGAGCCCACCUCUGGCCUUGACAGCCAGGCUGCGUACUCUAUUGUUCGUUUCCUGAAAAAACUAUCUCAGGCCGGCCAGGCCAUUGUCUGCACAAUCCAUCAGCCUUCAUCGAUGUUGAUCCAACAAUUCGACAUGAUUCUUGCCCUCAACCCCGGUGGCAACACCUUCUACUUUGGACCCGUUGGAAAAGAGGGCGCGUCAGUGAUCAAGUACUUUGCCGCCCGUGGAUUCGUCUGCCCACCAUCAAAGAACGUCGCCGAGUUCAUCCUUGAAACCGCCGCCAAGGCCACCGAGCGAAACGGCAAGCAAAUCGACUGGAACGAGGAAUGGCUCAACUCCGAAGAAAACCGCGAGAUCCUUACCGAGAUCGACCGCAUCAGAACCGAACGCAGCAAGAUCCCUGUCGACGAGUCUGGCAGUACACACUACGAAUUUGCCGCGCCAACAAUGGUUCAAACCGUACUCCUCACCAAGCGAUUGUUCAUCAACUACUGGCGCGACCCAUCAUACUACUAUGGUAAAAUCUUCGUCAGUGUGAUCAUCGGUAUCUUCAACGGCUUCACUUUCUGGAUGCUCCCUAACACCGUGGCAAGCAUGCAAGACCGCAUGUUCUCCUGCUUCGUGAUCAUUCUUAUCCCUCCAAUCAUCAUGAACUCCAUCGUCCCGAAAUUCUACAUUAACCGUGCCCUCUGGGAAGCUCGUGAAUACCCCUCCCGCAUCUACGGUUGGGUAGCAUUCUGCACAGCCAACGUCGUCUGCGAAAUCCCCGCCGCAAUCAUCACUGGCCUCAUCUAUUGGCUCUUAUGGUACUACCCCGUCGGUCUUCCAACCGACUCCUCAAGCGCAGGCUAUGUUUUCCUGAUGUCGAUGCUAUUCUUCCUCUUCCAAGCAUCAUGGGGACAAUGGAUCUGCGCCUUCGCUCCCUCUUUCACAGUCAUCUCCAACGUCCUCCCCUUCUUCUUCGUCAUGGUCAACCUGUUCAACGGUAUCGUUCGUCCUUACGCCGAUUACCCCGUCUUCUGGAAAUACUGGAUGUACUACGUCAACCCGGUAACCUGGUGGCUACGCGGUGUUCUCUCCGCCAUUCUUCCAUCCGUGCAAGUCACUUGCGCAGAAGGCGAGACGACAAAAUUCACCCCGCCAUCCGGUCAGACAUGUGGCCAGUACGCGGGCGACUAUGUCCAGAACAUCGCCGGACAGGGGUACCUGGUUGAUACCUCCUCCACCACCGAAUGCCAGUACUGUGCUUACAGUAACGGAUCAGAGUACAUGCAACAGCUGAACGUGCACGAAGGAGAUAAGUGGCGGUGCUUCGGUAUCUUCUUGGCCUUCGUCAUUAUCAACUGGGCGCUUGUAUACUUCUUCAUCUACACUGUUCGUGUCCGCCGCUGGAGUUUCGGACUCGGACACGUGUUUGGUCUGGGCGGAAUGCUGGUUGGGGGUGUUAAGCGGCUGUUUGGGUCGAAGAAGAAGGAUAAUCAGCAGUAA